CGGGUGAAGGUAUCUUUUCAAGGGAAUCUGGCCCUGGGAUGGCGCCAUUGCAUCGCCCUUGAGGCUUGACAACAACGGAUGAUGAGAUAAAGAUGGGAGUUGGAACAAGUCGGACGAGUCUGCGUGUAUGGAGGUGGCAAAGUCUGUGUGCGGCAGCUGACGUGCACUGGCAGCUUGUGUCCAACGUGAAGGGCAUUCCCCUGGUAAAAGUUCCUGCUCAAUGCUGUAUAAGCCUCAGGAACCAGCGAGAAGCUGAAUCAGGUUGAGCCCUGACCAAUAUAGUAUCAGCUCAUGAGGCACUAAAAAUUGAGGUCAUCAGCCGAGGCUUGGUUUCUUGUCGCAGAAUGCUUUGACACCUUCUAUCCGGUAGCCAACUUUCUAGGCGCAGACCCAUUCUGUGACUGAUUCCAGUUUCUAUGCUGUGUCAGUUCGUGGUUCAGAAUGAGUACGGCUGUGAGCACACUGGUGGCCCUCCUCGUCCUACUGAGCACCACAGUCUUUCCUACAGAGGGGCGGCAGACUGCUCUGCAUCACAACCGGCGCUUGCACCAAACAGCACCAGCGCCCGCCCCGGUGGGCCAGGUGUGUUCAAACGGCCUGGUCUGCCCCGAGAACCAGCGCUGUGACACCACACAAAUCUCCGACACCACCAAAAUCGGCACCCAGACAAUCAUCCAGUGCCUCUGCGUAACCGGCUACAACGGACCCGAGUGCCCCGCGCCUUACAGCGUCACUCCAACUCCCACCACCGACGCUGUUACCCCCUCCCCGCCGGCCCUGUCAGCCCCGCCAGCCUUGGUCGCAGCGGCGCCCGCCUCCGGGGGCCAGGUGUGCUCCAACGGCCUGGUGUGCCCGGAGAAGCAGCGGUGCGACACCACGUCACUGUUCAGCAACCGCGGUCAGCAGAAGGUCGUCCAGUGCGUCUGCGUGACGGGCUACAACGGGCCCGAGUGCCCUGCGCCGUACAGCGUGCCGCCGGCCGCCACCGCCGCGCCCUCCCCGCCGGCGGGUACUGUCAGCAGCGCUGCCGCCGUGGCUGCCAGCGUGGCACCUCCGGGGUCCACGUCACUCGCAUCUUCGGAGGGGUCCGGCGGAAUAGGGGUCGCCGCGAUUGUCGGCAUCGCGGUGGGGUGCGCGGCGGCGGUGGGGCUGCUGGCGGUGGGGGUGCUGUUCGGGCUGCGGCGGCGGAGGGAGCAGCAGAAGGCGGUCGAGUUCCAGGACUUCCACAAGGCCCACCACAGCAUGGACACCCACCAGCAGCCAGCGCCCCCGCCGGACCCGGAAGCCUGAUUGCAACCAGAAACGGAAUCUAGGCGUUGCACAAAAGUGUUGCUUACAAACUUUUUGCUGGGGCACUCGAACUGGCUAGCAAGGUUGACAUAUUUUGCUGCGGCCCAUUCGCGGACUCGUUUGCACGAACGGUCACGGAACGUGUACGCAUUUGGGAAAUUGUAAGAGCACUACGGCAAGGGGGGUAAUGAUUCUCAAAGCUGCCAGGUGAACAAGCUGGUGGAGUUGACUGGCACGCCCCCUGAUCUCGGAAGCGGAAGGUUGUCAAAACUGGAGAAUGUUUGUCCUCAAAGGAUCUCGCAGUGUCCUUGCACAGACUAUAGAAGGUCAUAUACUGAUUCUUUAGACGCAGGAAAAAUUGUGGUGAGUCGGGUUCCGGCCUUGUACGGGCCAACAAAAAGCUAAGCUUUAAACUUGAAAGGUGGAUGGACACAUAAUCUCUGAAGGUAUAUAAUUCGGUCAAAGUCAGUGCAAGAUUCGGGCACUGGAGCUUGCACGGCCUAGGCUACACACGGGCUCAUGCAACAAUGAGCAGAACUGAACUGAGUGUUCUCCGGCGAAGGCGAUCUUGACGUGGGUUGCUGCUCGACAAUGUCACGGAGGCU